AUGGUUGACAUUCCAGAAUUCGCCCACAAGGAAAAGCCUGAUACUUUGGUUUUAUUCGAUGUCGAUGGUACUUUGACACCAGCAAGAUUGCACGUCUCUGAUGAAGUUAUUGACGUUCUACAACAAUUGAGAAAGAAGGUUUGCGUUGGUUUCGUCGGUGGUUCUGAUUUGAGUAAACAAAAGGAACAAUUAGGUGACGAUGUUUUGCAAAACUUUGACUAUGCCUUCUCCGAAAACGGUUUGACUGCUUACAGACUAGGUAAGGAAAUGGCAACACAAUCAUUCAUCAAUUGGAUUGGUGAAGAGAAAUACAACAAAUUAGCAGUUUUCAUUCUAGGUUACUUGAGUAAGAUUGAUUUACCAAGAAGAAGAGGUACUUUCUUAGAAUUCAGAAAUGGUAUGAUUAACGUUUCUCCUGUCGGUAGAAACGCAUCAACUUCCGAACGUAAUGAAUUCGAAGCUUAUGAUAAAGAACACCAAAUUAGAGCUAAAUUUGUCGAAGCAUUGAAGAAGGAAUUCCCAGAUUUGGGUUUGACUUAUUCAAUUGGUGGUCAAAUUUCAUUUGACGUUUUCCCCACUGGUUGGGAUAAGACUUACUGUUUGCAACAUGUGGAAAAGGACGGUUUCAAAGAAAUUCACUUCUUUGGUGACAAAACUUACAAAGGUGGUAACGACUGGGAAAUUUACGAAGAUCCAAGAACCAUUGGUCAUUCCGUGACUAGCCCUGAUGAUACCGUUAGGAUUUUGAAAGAAAUCUUCAAAUUUUAA